AUGACUUUAGAUCCCAGCCCACCUUCCGAUGAGCUCUUCCUCCCCUUUGUCACCACUGUCCGACGAGACCACCCGUCUCUCGGCAUUCCAAAACUCCUCGCCCUUCUGAAAACUCAACAGCCCGAAUGGUCCGUUUCAGAGAAGCGUCUCCGCAAAGCGGUUCAGUCGUUGACUCUGGAUGAGCAAGGACGCGAGUCAAUGGACGAGCCCGGACUUGUCGCUACGACUGGUCUUGACCCCUCCAUCACCUCUCUUGCCGCAUCGACCGCGCCGAAAGUCAAGGUACGCAUGUUCGGAGGUGAAAAGGGUAAGGGGCUCGUUGCCAGGGAGAGGAUCCACAAGGGCGAGGUUGUAUGGCAAGAGGAGCCGUGGAUAGUGACGUCGAGCCCCCAGCUAUACUCCGCACUCCUCGGCAAGCAAAUGUGCUCUCACUGCUUCUUCCUUUUCAGCCGUCCGUCACCCCCAAUGUCCGCGCCUUGCCCCCAUUGCGAUCAAGCUGUCUUUUGCAAUCGGCUUUGCGCAUCUAAAGCCAGCUCAUCGUCUCAUCCUGACCUAUUGUGUCCUGGACUCAAUCCCGCCGCUCAGCCCCUGUGGAAGCUCAUCAGAGACACAAACGGCAGAUACCUUGAGACUGCUGCCAAGAUUGUCGCGAAAUGGCGCUGGGAGCGAGAACUCGGAGACAAGGGCAAAGCAAAGGAGAUUGAGCAGAGGGUCUGGAACGGAAUGGCGAGGGUCAGCAUGGAAGAGAGGGAAAAGGAAAAGAAGGAGUGGAAGCUCUUUGCGGAGCUGAAACGGGGCGAGUGGAAGCAUGCCCACAGCCUUCUGCUGCAGGCCCUGAAUCCCAGCGAAGGGGACAAAUCAUACAAGGUGGUCCAGAAGCUUUUAACAAAAGCGAGCAAGCGUUCACCGAUACCUCUCUCCGAGGGGGAGAUCCAGCGUUGGUUCUCGAUGGACAGCUUCCUCGAGCUCCUGGGUCUGGCUGCACUCAACUCUGAGGACUCUGGAGGGCUUUAUGCUCUGCACGCGCAUCUGAACCAUGCUUGCGAGCCGAAUAUUGCUGCACUCAACCUGUCAAAAGCUUUUGUCCCACCCUCGUCCUCCGAGCUACCCUGUGAGGUACCCGAUCCGUCCCAAUCUGGUCCCAGAGGCACCAACAAGCUCACACUACUUGCUCGUCGCACGAUCAAUCCUGGAGAAGAGCUGACGAUUCCCUAUGUCAAUUUCAACAUGCCGCGUGGGGAUCGAAGGCAGAUGCUUCGCGAGUCUUACGGAUUCUGGUGCGAUUGCCCAAAAUGCAAGAGGGAAGAGGGCAAAGAAAGAGAAGGGGAUGACCUGGCAACGAGUAGCAAGGAGAGCACUCGAGAGAUGAUUGACAAGAUGAAGUCGAUGCAGAUGUUCCAGGGAACCGGGGAGAAGGUGGACGCACGGUAG